UAAUAGCCAUACUCUUGUAGAAAAAACCCCAGCUACAUACACCUUCGGCGUGAGUUGGAGGAGAUGCUUUAGUUUUCCAUCCUGAUAUAUUGUCAGUUUUUGGAUUUGCUCGACGCCAGAAUGACAUGGGCCUUUCGUUUCUUACUCCUGGGGCUAGGUUCAACCGGGCUAACCCUUCAAAUUUGCAAGUACUGCCUGAGUCCCGAAACACACGGUAUGCGGAAGGCUUUUGCAGUUUUCUUGGCGCUCCUAGGCGCUGUUUUCUCGUUCGUAAACUUCCACAUAUCCAGCCUCCGAUGCUCUCAGAGCCAUACUCUACGCACAUUGCUGGGAAGCUACGUUUCCCACACCUUAAUACGCCUGGCGUAUCCCUUCGUCGCGUACAAGGUGUCCAAGCAGUGGAAAAACCCCAGAGAUUCGCAGGAGAAUCGACUUCGACUACUGACUACCAGAGAUGCCAAGACAGAAUACGGGAGGAAGUUCCAGCUCGGAAAGAUCAAGACUCUGAGAGAUCUACAGAGCAAGCAUCCCAUCACGACGUACGAUCACUACCGACCGUACGUUCAGAGACUGGCUGACGGGGAAGAUGGUGUUUUCCUCGGAGACACGAUCCGAAGGUUCGGUAUCACUUCGGGGACCACGGGCUCCGGUAAGCUUAUCCCCAUGAUCCAUGCAACAAUCGGCAACGGUGCUGUGACUGUCCUCAACAUCAAGGUCACUGAUAGAGCCUUCGGACGUCCCAGUCCACUUCAGCGAGGAUGCAUCCUCUACUGCAAACCAGCACCGGCUGUGACCAAGUCAGGGCUUGACGUAGCACCUCUCAUAUACUUCUCAGAGAAAGAUAAAACCAUGCUAAUGGCGAUGCAGAACGCACCAUUUGAGGCCUUCCAAAUUAUGACCGACUUCGAGGCCGCUUAUGUCCAUCUCCUGUUCGGGAUUGCAGAUAGGAACCUCAGUUUCUUCUACGGUGGCUUCACGUCGAUGACCCACCGGGCUUUCAAACUCCUUGAGGACAACUGGGAGCAGAUGCUGACGGACCUGAUCACAGGGAGGCUGAACCCAAAGCUUAACAUCGAGGACAAUGUCAGAGCAGGCCUGGAAGCGGUAUUGGUGCCAGAUCCAGACCGCGUCGAUCAGCUCAGGUCCGAGUUCUCCAAGGGCUUCAAGGGUGUCGUGGCCAGAAUCUGGCCGUACUUGCACUACAUCUUCUGUGUCGAUAUGGCUGGCUUCAAGAAGAAACUACAAGAAGGUUACGCAAAAGGAACGCCGAUCUUCACGGGAGCUUACAGUUGCACGGAGACCUUGCUCGGUAUCAACCUGUGGGUUGCAGACGAACCGAAGUACGUGUUGGUACCUGGAGAUGUCGUGUACGAGUUCAUCCCAGAAGAACUCUGCCAGGAAAAGUAUCCAUUGCAGAUCUACCUCAUCGACGAGGUUGAGGUCAGCAAGCGAUACGAGCUGAUGGUGACGAUAACAAACGGCUUCUUCCGUUACCGCUUCGGCGAUGUGGUAGAGGUGGUCGAUUUCCACUACAACUGUCCAGUCAUUCAAAUGAGAUAUCGAACAGGCGAGCUCCUGAAUCUCAACGGCGAGAAAAUCGACGUCAAUUUGAUGUUCACAGUCAUACGCGAAACUGUGGCUGGUUGGCCGUUAAGGGCGCUUGUGGAUUGGACAUGCGCAGAGAGCCCGCUGCUGUACGCUCACAAGAAAGAUCCGUAUGAGAUGUAUUAUUUGAUAUUCAUUGAGGUUGAGGAGGAGGUGGGACAGCGUCUUACCGAAGCCGAGAGAUCAGAGUUCGACAAGAUACUUCGCAAACACCACAGCCUCUACGACCAUUACAGAGCAGUGGGCACCAUCGCAGCACCGCGCAUGCUUCGCGUGCGGCCAGGCUCGUUCAAGAAGUUUCAGGACUACAUCAUCGCCAACUCGACAGCCUCGUACAACCAGUUCAAGAUGCCUCGCAAGCUCCGCACGAAGAUGAUGCUGGACUACAUGAUGAAUAUGACGACCGAGUGAAAUGAAUUUCAUUUGAACAAGAAGUAACAAGGAAAACGCGAGACGAGGGAAGACACUUUUGGAAGAAUGAAAACGUCUGCUGCAGUGCGUGGAGUAAAACUAUUUUUAGAGAGCCAAGCGUUCUUGUUUGUGUAAAUAAAAUUGUUGUUUUGCUGAAAAAUGGGUCGACCGGACAGACGAGUUUCCGAUGUUCGGUUAAUCAGGGCAGUGCGCACAGAGGUCAAACACAGGUCAAGUGUGCGAAAGUUCGAGUAUCGAUAACCAUUGAGUUCAAUAAUUUUUGAUGAUAAUCUCCACUGUUUGGUGGAAACCGGAAUUCAUUGACAUACAUUUUAAUGACAGGUUUUCCAUUGAAAAGACUUGGUGUGACAGUUACAGUCACAUAUUUACGGGAACAUAAAAGUUUUGUAAAAAGAAAGGGGAAAAAUGUAACUAAUGUAUAUGCUAAGUAAUACAAUGUAUAUCAUAAUUUUACCCAUUUUGCCCAUGAUAACUUCCGUAAAAAAGAAGAGAAUUUUGAUGGCAGAAAAAAGGUUUCGAAGAAAAAUCCUCAACAGAACUGUAAUGUAUUCUUUACAUCUAUUAUCUUUUGUUUUAAGUUCAAUUGUUAAGAUGAUAAGGUGGAUGGAAUACUUUUAAGAGGGACAUUAUUGUCGUUAUACAAUGUACCUAUAUUUAUAUUUUCUGUAUGGUAUUGCUUACUGAAGAUCAGGUGGAAAAUGAUGUACAAAAUAUUUCACAUGCCAUAAGCUAUGAGAGCAUCAUUUUGAUUUG